UCAAGAGAGAGAGAGAGAGGGAGAUGGUGGGUUUGAAGAACAUGUGGUUUGUGGCAGCAGCUUUCAUGGCUGCAGUGAUGGUCCUUUUCAUUAGGCCAAAAGAGUCCAUUUUUCAUUCUUUCAACUCUAAUUUCUUACAGGAACACUUGCAUUCCUACUCCAACAAUUCUUCGAUGUCCGAGCAUUUGUUUCAUAACGAUGAAAUUAAAAACAAUACCACAAGAACCAAAGGAUCAGAGCGAAAAUAUAGCAAUUUGGCAAAAGUAGAAGCUGAUCUGGCGCAAGCCCGGGCCGCAAUCCGGGCCGAAUUAGCCGUUAACCAAACCGAUAUAGUUGACCCGGAUUACAUACCAACCGGGCCAACGUAUUGGGAUCCCAAGAUCUUCCAUAGAAGCUAUAGGGAGAUGGAGAAGAGAUUGAAGGUGUACGUAUACGAAGAAGGGGAGCCUCCCGUAUUCCAUUUCGGGCCGUGCAAGAACACAUACGCCAUAGAAGGAAUCUUCAUGGCUAGCAUGGAAGUGAGCUUGUUCCGGACAUUCGAUCCGGAGGAAGCUCACUUGUUCUUCCUCCCCAUCAGUGUCACAAUGAUCACUCAAGUUAUCUAUGUUCCGGAUUCUCAUGACUGGUCCCUCAUGAAGAGCACAGCUUCGGAUUAUAUCGAUGUCAUUGCUAACAAGUAUCCCUAUUGGAAUCGAAGCCUCGGAGCUGAUCAUUUCAUGCUCGCCUGUCAUGAUUGGGGGCCGGAGAUCUCAUUUGCGAUCCCAAAUCUGCACAAGAACGCGAUCCGGGCGUUGUGCAACGCCAACACCUCGGAGAAAUUCAACCCCUCCCGCGACGUCUCGAUCCCAGAGAUCCACCUCCCCACGGGCACCACGAGAGGCCUCCUGGGCGGGCCGCCCCCGUCCCGGAGGCCCAUCCUGGUAUUCUACGCGGGUGGGGUCCACGGGCCGAUCCGGCCGAUCCUCCUGGAGCACUGGGAGAACGCCUCCGACCCGGACGUGCAGGUGCACCGGUACCUCCCGCGCAACGUGUCGUACUACGGGAUGAUGCGGAGGAGCCGGUACUGCAUAUGCCCGAGCGGGUACGAGGUGGCGAGCCCGCGGAUGGUGGAGGGGCUGUAUCUGGGGUGCGUGCCGGUGCUGAUCAAGGACAAGUACGUGGUGCCGUUCGGAGACGUGCUGGACUGGGAGAAGUUCGCGGUGAUCGUGGCGGUGAGGGACAUCCCAAACUUGAAGAGGAUCCUGGGUGGGAUCUCGCUACGGGAGUACGUGAAGCUGCAGAGGCAGGGGAUCAAGAUGCGGCGCCACUUCGAGGUCAACACGCCGCCGCGGAGGUACGAUGUGUUUGGUAUGAUCCUGCAUUCCAUAUGGCUCAGGAGGCUCAACGUCCGCCUAUUAGUACUGGGUCACAUUUUUCAAUAA